AUGGUUAGACCACUUAAAUAUCAUGAACAAAAGCUUUUAAAGAAACAUAACUUUGUACAUUAUAGAAAAGAGAAUGUCAAAGAUGUAGAGAAUAUAAAUAGAUUCGGUUUAACUGGUAAAGAAGAAUAUGCUGCUUAUACAAAAUUAGUUGGAUCGAUUCAAAAGAUUUUACAUUUGGUACAAGAGUUGGACGAUAAAGAUCCAAUGAAGAAACAGAUUACAGAUACACUAUGUGAGAAACUAUACGAUAUGGGUGUUAUUGAUUCAAAGACAACGUUUUCACUGACAAAGAUCUGUCAAGCAUCAUUUUGUAGAAGAAGAAUUAAUGUUUUGUUAGUACAACUUAAAUAUGCACAGAAUCUUGCUAAUGCCGCCAGUAUAGUUCAACACGGUCACAUAAGAAUAGGACCAGAAGUUAUUACAGAUCCAGCUUUAAUUGUUACAAGAAAAUUCCAAGAUCUACUGACAUGGGUUGAUAACUCAUCGAUGAGAAAGAAGGUAUUACAAUACAACAACGAAUACGAUGACUAUGAAUUGUUACAAUAA